AUGACAGAAUUAUACAGCAAUUUUUAUGGCAAUGAACAAUUUUCAUACCAUCAUUUGACUCUACCACAAGAGAAGCCUCAGCGUAGACUCUCAUUUUCUACAUUGUUACAAAAGAGACCUAGCCUAAUGGGCAGAAAAGUCAGUAUCUUUGGACGCCAAAAAAAGCCUGAACUGAAAUUGGUGAUCCCAUCUACAGUCAAGGAAUCGACUCAUCUUUCCAGAGCCAACACUGCCAUGACAAGCUCAAGCAUGACCACAGAUGAAGAUGGUCCCGAGACACCUACAUCUAACACAUCGCCUACCUACGACGCCUACCAGCACAGAUCUUCCACUGUAUCAUCCGUUGAUCUGGAGACUGCAAUUACGACUCCCUCAGAUUCCCCAGUGAAUCCCCCUAUGGACUAUUCUGGUAAAGGAUACUCAAACUUUUACAUCAAGCUACCAAAUGGAAACUGGAUGGUGCGCAUUAGAGAUAGCAACCGAAAGAUUGUUGGUACCUAUGAACUUGAUGGAUCUAUGAUUUAA